AUGAGUUAUCCAGAAAGUACUCGAAAAAUCACCAAGGAAGUCAUGUUAGCCGAACCACAUGUUCUCUGGGAGAUAGGAAAAGUUGCUGAAGUUGAAUAUUUCCCAGAUGAAUUCGAUAAAUUAGUUUUAGAAAGUAUUGACCAUCCAGGAUUCGAGAAAGCACUUGAAUGGCUUGAUGACGGCACUGAUAGGAUUGCAAUCGACCUUGAAUGGAAGCCUAACUUCGAUAAAACUCGUGGUGAAUAUCCAGCAUCAGUAUUUCAGAUGGCAACACCACAUAAAAUCGUUGUUUUGAGGCAUCCAGCCGAUCUCCCUGGCAAUGAAAUCCUCAAAAAGUUCUUGAUGACACAUAAAUUCAUUGCUAAAGGCUGCAAGACAGAUCGUACAAAGAUGCAACAGAAAUUUGGACCAGAUUUCAGUAUUGAUUUACUUGAUUUCGAAAGAUUAUACCUUAUUCCUAAUGGAUUUUCAUCCAACUUCGAUGCUAUGGUUGUAGAAUUCUAUAAGAAUUCAAGUAUUGAAUUCAAAGAUAAAAACGUCACAUGCUCCAACUGGCAAGCUGAUGUUCUUACUACACAGCAGGUUUUAUAUGCUGGUUUCGAUGCAACAGCGCUUAUGAAAUCUUAUAUCAACGCUGUUAAGAGAUAUCCUAACGCCAUUGAAGAUUUCUUGAAUAGAUCUAAGACAAAGGCCGAUAAUCAAUCCAAGGAAGCGAAGAACUUAAGAAAUAAGAAGCAUAAAUCCGAAUUAUACGAACACUUCAGAGGAUACUUGAAUGAAAUGAUGCCUCUUAAUGCAGGUAAGGCAUACUGGCUAUCUAGAAACUUCUGGCCUCUUUUCAACAAGAAAGAGAAGGAACAUCCAGAAAAUAUCCUUCCAAACUCCGCAGAAUUCGGUUUGACAACAAUGAGAGGUCCUGUUUUCGAAUUACUUUGCCAGAUAAAGGGAGUUGAUAUGUCUUCAAUGGAUUUCGCUCAGAAAUUAAAAUUCUGGGAUCAAAACGCUUCAAAGAGAGAAUUAAUGAUGAGCCAAAUGCUCGACACAUACAGAGUUCUCGGUGUCGGCCCUUACGAAGCAAUGCAAGGCGUUCAAGACACUCUCGAGAUUAUGAAGGAGAAUAAGAUUCCUCUUCCAUUCGAUCUCGUUUGA